CAGGCGUCGUGCGGGGAUUGGAAUGCUACAAUGUAACAAUCGGAACUGGAAGCUCGAGGAUUAAAGUACUGGAAUGUCACAUUGUAUCACUCGCGUGAGAAACGCGCUUUCGGUGUAACGCGCCGAACGAAACCUGGGCGAUUUGUUAUUUUUGUGAGUCUAGAUAAUAAAACGCAGGGUUACACAGGCGGUCAGCGUUCGUGCGUCAACACUGAGGAUUUGUCACUCAAUAUACGUGAGAAUACAGGGAUUUGUCGGGAUUUCUUCCGUUGGGAAGUUUGUGACAGCGCGAAAUAACAUCGAUCUCCGGUCCAUCUCACCGACUUGCUGGUAAAUUCUCCACAUUUGAUUCCAAGAACACUUCUUUUCAAGUAGUUUCCGAUGGUUUCUGCAAACGCAGAGGAGUUUCCAUGGACUGUAGGGUUCAGAUCUCGCAUGUCAGCAGUUUAGGUCUACAUGUCUGAUGUGAUCGAAGCAGGCACGAGAGAGGAGAGCGGCAGAUCCACGCACGGGGUUUAGGUUAAAUCGCCCACAUGCGCUGGAUUUGGGAUUGGAAUCAGAAGGUGGAAGUUGAGAGCAUCAGAUCCCUUCAGGUGUGUGGAAGAUGCCGUCCAGCUGGAGUUGAGAUCUUUGGAUUCAUCAGCAAACGGCUCCAUCCGCUUCAAAGGACACAUGCAGGCCAAAAAACGCUAUUUAAUUCUCUUCUCCGCAGGCGUAUGUCUCGUUCUGAUCUUCUGCCUGCAAGGACCGGCUUCCAGAAGGAGUCCAGACCGACGGGAUGACCCCCAUCCACGCUGGCCUCACUACUCAGAUCCUCUACGAGCCUUCGUUCCCUGGCACCAGACCGACACGAAAGACUAUAACGUCCGCGCAUCUCCAAGACACAAGAGAGAUGACCGCCCUGAAGUUUACAAGUGCAGGAUGGAGUCUUGCUUCGAUUUCUCCCCGUGCAAAAGGAACGGCUUUAAAGUUUACGUUUACCCUACACAUAAGGGCGAGAAGAUCUCGGAAAGCUACCAGAAUAUCUUAUCCUCCAUCGAAGGGUCCAGGUUCUACACCUCUGACCCGGGACAGGCUUGCCUCUUUGUCUUGAACUUGGACACGCUGGAUCGAGACCAGCUUUCCCCGCAGUAUGUGCACAACCUUCGAACUAAAAUCCAGAACUUGAACCUUUGGAACAACGGGAGGAACCAUCUCAUAUUUAACCUAUACUCCGGAACCUGGCCGGAUUAUACCGAGGAUCUGGGGUUUGAUAUCGGUCAAGCCAUGUUGGCCAAAGCCAGCAUCAGCACCGAGAACUUCAGGCCCAACUUUGACAUCUCCAUCCCCUUGUUCUCCAAAGAUCACCCCAGGACUGGAGGUGAAAGGGGGUAUUUAAAAUAUAACACCAUCCCUCCCUUCAGGAAAUAUAUGUUGGUUUUCAAAGGCAAGCGCUAUCUGACUGGCAUUGGGUCUGAUACCAGGAAUGCACUGCAUCAUGUUCAUAAUGCUGAAGAUGUGGUUCUGCUCACCACAUGCAAACAUGGCAAAGACUGGCAGAAGCACAAAGAUGCUCGCUGCGACAGAGAUAACGCGGAAUAUGACAAGUACGAUUAUAAAGAAAUGCUGCACAACUCCACGUUUUGUCUGGUUCCUCGAGGACGUCGUUUGGGCUCAUUCCGCUUUCUAGAGGCUCUGCAGGCUGCUUGCGUGCCCGUCAUGCUCAGUAACGGAUGGGAACUGCCCUUCUCUGAGAUCAUCGACUGGCGUACAGCAGCAGUCACUGGAGAUGAGAGGCUUCUUCUGCAGAUCCCAUCCACCGUGCAUUCUAUCCAUCAGGAUCGCAUUCUGUCUCUCCGCCAGCAGACGCAGUUCCUGUGGGAGGCCUACUUCUCUUCUGUCGAGAAAAUCGUGCUCACUACGUUGGAGAUCAUCCAGGAUCGGGUGUUACAGCACAACGGCCGCAGUACGCUCAUGUGGAACCGCCAGCCGGGCGGACUCUUCACGCAUCCACAGUAUUCCUCAUAUCUGGGAGACUUUCCCUUCUUCUACGCCACGCUGGGUGUGAAACCACAGCAGAAAUUCACAGCUGUCAUUCAUGCCGUCACACCUCUUGUGUCUCAAUCUCAACCCAUUUUCAAGCUGUUAGUGGCUGUGGCCAAAUCACAGUACUGUUCUCAGAUCAUUGUCCUGUGGAACUGUGAUAAACCUUUACCAGCGAAGCACCGCUGGCCAUCUACAUCUGUCCCGGUCAUCGUAAUCGAGGGCGAAAGCAAGGUGAUGAGCAGUCGCUUCCUGCCCUAUGAUGUCAUCAAAACAGAUGCAGUCUUGAGUCUGGAUGAAGAUACGGUGCUUUCAACCACUGAGGUGGAUUUUGCUUUCACUGUUUGGCAAAGUUUCCCAGAUAGGAUUGUGGGAUAUCCAGCACGAAGUCAUUUCUGGGACGUCAACAAAGAGCGAUGGGGCUACACUUCCAAGUGGACCAAUGACUACUCAAUGGUGCUUACAGGAGCAGCUUUCUACCACAGGUAUUAUAACUACUUGUUCACUCACUACUUGCCGGCCAGCUUGAAGACUAUGAUUGACCAGCUGUCUAACUGUGAAGACAUCCUCAUGAACUUCCUGGUGUCCUCUGUCACUAAGAUGCCACCUAUCAAGGUCACUCAAAAGAAACAGUACAAAGAGAUGAUGAUGGGACAGACCUCCCGAGCGUCACGCUGGGCGGAUCCCGACCACUUCGCCCAGCGGCAGACCUGCAUGAACACAUUCGCCAGCUGGUUUGGCACGAUGCCCCUGGUGCAUUCGCAGAUGAGACUGGAUCCCGUUCUGUUCAAAGACCAGGUGUCCAUCCUGCGCAAGAAGUUCAGAGACAUCGAGAGACUCUAAUGAGACUAAAACCGCCGUCCCUCCAAACAGGGAUGAAUAACGGCAUGCGGCGAGCUCCAGAACCCCGCUUCGGGUGUUUAUGGGGAAAUAGAAUCCUUCAGGAGGAGCAGAUGGAGGUGGUGCUGUGCUUGAAAUAGUUGGAAGAAAUUAGGAUGGUGCAACAUCGUUAAUGUCCAAAAGGUCUGAAGUUUCGAUCAAGGCGGAUGGAAUUUGGCAUUUGGAUGCACAACAAAAAGACCAAAAGCCACUUGUGGCAGCUUUCUGUCUUCCAAGCCCCCUCCUGUAAUGCUUUGCCAAUGACAACGGUGACCAUGACAACCCACUCCGUGAUGGAAAGCCGCACGCACAAAUCCACACGCAGUCGGAAUACGAAGUACCGCACAUCGGUUUGCCUCUGGAACCGACCGCCGGCCUUGCGAGAUGUCGAUGCAUAUUUAUUCUGUUCGCCUUCCGUUGAUCCGGCAAGUGUUACUCCCCUUUUACAGACGCAGGGCGCCGUCGUGCCGAGAAUCUGAGCGUGCCCGUCACACGCAGAUCACAGCGUCACAGUGCCUGAACUUUCAGAUGGAGUUCUGAGAGUCCAACAGGGUUUUGUGUAAAUGCAAAAACACCUUGUUCAUGCUGCUUAGUGUAAUGUUUUUUUUAAAUGUGUUCCUUUCUAUAAAAGCCUUGUUGAAGUAUCAUUUUUUGUAUCGAGAUCUAACGCCACGAACAUGUCUUGUGUUUUUUCUGGUUUUCUCAAAGUCUUACAAGUGCAGCGGCAUCUCGGUGGCCAUGUGCACAGUGCAGCUUCUCUUCUGUCAUUCCCACAACCAGAUUUAUUUCAGAAAAUCAUCAUUACAUCUACGUAGUGUCUACAGAAACUGUGCAGAUAUUUGUUAAAGCCCCUCUGAUUUGGAGAGACGUUUGGAGACACGUUUGGAGACCCAUGCAUACCAAAAAAUGAAUUUCUUACUUUGUGUUUUUCCUAGUUUUUCAGUGGAAAAUCAAAAAAUUCUUAUAUCGAAAUACUUCAGAAGCAAAAUGACCGUAGAUAGUAAGUCUUGUUUUCUGUAUUCUUUUAAAUUGUGUGUUUAAAAAUAUCUGCCAAUACGGUAAGAAAAAUAAACUUGAAAUAAGCUUUACCUCUUAAUGUAAAGUACUUAAAUCAAGUUUAUUUUGAUUACGUCAUUGGCAGAUAUUUCGCUUUUUUAACCAUGAACACUGUUUCAUAAAACAAAACUUAACAUCUUAGGUCAUUUUGCAACUAAAAAAAUGUAUCUAGAUUUAAGAAUAUUUAGACAAGAGACAAAAUACUAAGUAAACACCUAUUUUGUUUCAGCGCCGUUUGUUUUCCUUAAAAUACAAGUUCAUAUUUUUGUCAAUCUCCAAUGUUUCUUUAGUCAGAAAUGACUAACACCUAAACUGUUGGUUGUGUUUUUCGUUUACUCGAGAUGCCAAACUGUCGCUUUUACUCCACACGCAAGAACAGUACAUGCAGUUGUGAUCGGUUUCGUAAACAUGUUUAAAACACGGUUCACGUCUAAGCACAAGAUACACUGUUGUCAAGAAAGUAAAUGUUACAUGAAUUAUGCGUAACGUGUACACAACAAAUCAAUGAAGACGUGUGAAAAAUACAAGAUUGUGAGGUCAGAAGAACAUCCUUCAUUCAUCAACAUCAGGUUCCAAAGAGGUACGCCCACCUUACUUGCGUAUAGGGCGGUCUUAGUCAAAUCAUACCACCAACUGACGUAGAUUUGUGGGGGUGUGGCUGAGCAUUCGCUUUGAGAUAGAACGCAUCUUUUGUUCCCAAACUUUCAUUUUUGCAAUUUUACGUGUCUAAUACAUGCAUGAGCAACACACCAAAGACAGAAAAACACAUAUUCGCGCUAUAUGACCCCUUUAAGAGAACAAGUCAGAGCGUUGAAGAAGCACACACACAAACGGUGUCGAAAUGAGGAAAAAAAACAUGAUAUUUACCGUUACCUGACGUAAAGCCGUUUUUUGUAUUGGUGCAUUUAGAAUGAGUAUCCUGAGGCCUGAUGUAUAAACGGGCACUCGAGACACGUGCGUACACUUUCAAGAUGAACGUUUUAUACAUCUUUUGGCUUAAAUUGGAUCAGAAUCCGGAUGAAAAAGAUAAUAAAUGACAUUCAGUGGAUCUAAAAAUUCCUUGUCCGAAAAACACACGUGAACAUCACAUCACAAUGCAACCUGUGACUGUUUGGUUUAAAAAUAUACGAAAAUCAGUUAUUGAUCAAGUACAUAAAAAUCCGCUUUCAAUAAUGAUUUGUAAACUUUACCGCCAGGCACGAUUUGAUGGAUCUGCCACAAAUAUAAAGACAAGUGCAUAAAGUCAUCUGCAAUCUUAUGUUUUGAACAGAGAUGGCGAUAGAGAGGCAAAAUCAGAUUUCCAUUAUAAAAAUACAGAUGCAUUCAGUUACCAUGAUAUCAACAUUUCUGUAAGUCUACAGUCAUACCACCCACCUCUAUUACACAAACAUUUCCAUUUUUAUUUCAUUAUUUAUUGAUUGGUUUACGUUAAAAUAUGAUUAUGUAUUAGAAAAACAUUUGAAACUGGAUGUCACGCUUUUGCUGUUUUCUUAGUUAUGGUAAGAACCUGACUGCAUUAAAAGAGAAAUCUGUCUUGUUUUAGUAUUCUUGAAAGCACAAUGAUGCUGGUAUAGAGUUAACUGGAUGUUUGCUGUCCGUCAGAAUAGAUGUGAAAUGUUGGUGUGAGCGAUACUAUGACAUGAGAAAUAUAUGUAAAAGUGAAAUGCAUAAGAGAAUAGAGCGGUUUUUGUCAGGUACAUCAGGAUCUGAUAAAGCUCACGCGCUUGUUCUUUUGUCUCAAAUGAACGUGCCUUUAUUUAAGACCCCUCUUAAUGAUUUUAUUAGUCUUCAACGCAGUUUUCCUCCUGUGUGACUUCUGGCAUAUGUGGGCAUAUGUACGCUGAUGCGAAAUGAAUUUAGAUGUAUUUCUUAAACACUGGAUUUUGAUGACAUUGAGUAUACAGGUGUCGGGAUAAACACACGCUAUUUUAUCCUUGAUGAAAACAGAGUAAAUGGUGGAAAAAGCCCUCAGAUGAGAUGAGGAUCAUUAUAUUCUUCUUCCGAAUGCUUACAGACAUUCCUGCGGUUUGCAAGGAACAUCAUGCUUUUACUCUGUAUUUGUGGUUUUCCCUCAGACGAGGACUUCGUUGUUCUGAUUUUGAGUUGAUUUCUUUGCUUUGUCCUUGGACCCUGUAAAGACAUUAUUUUACAUUAUUAUGAACAAUGAAAUAAGGUUUUUAAGAGAUGAAAAGUGUUUUUUU